GCACCGUCGUUUUUCCGUAAUACAACUAUUCUAUUUAAAACUCGAGCCACCUCUCCCGAAACCUAGGGUUUAUUAACGUUCCCAUCGAUCUCUUGCUCGAGUCAAGAGAGAAGGCGAAGAGCUCGCGGAAGCCGAAGGAGGGGCAGCCAUGGCGUCCACCAAGGUGCAGAGGAUCAUGACCCAACCCAUUAAUCUCAUCUUCAGGUUUCUCCAAAGCAAAGCACGCAUCCAGAUCUGGCUAUUUGAGCAAAGGGAUUUGAGAAUCGAAGGGCGGAUUAUAGGUUUUGAUGAGUACAUGAAUUUGGUGCUGGAUGAUGCUGAUGAAGUCAACGUGAAGAAAAAAACUAGAAAGCCAUUGGGGAGGAUUCUCUUGAAAGGAGACAACAUAACUUUGAUGAUGAACACGGGAAAAUGAUAGCUCCUGUGCUGCGGGAGUUUUUACCUCCGCUUGAAUUAGCUUAAUCUGGAAGUACAUGGUGGCUAACUUCUUAGCAUUCGCAAGCUUUGUUUGUGCGCCUUUCCAACUGGCUGUCAUAUUAGAACAGUUCUCUGGAUAUUUGAGCCUUGUAUUACCUAUUUUAGAUUGAACUGCAGUCCUUGAAAAGAUAGUAUACCCAAGGUAUCUUCAGUUCUGUUUAGUGCCCCAGUGAAAAAAGGGGCUUGUUUAUUCAGGCUUACUGAAUGUCCCCUGUCACAGUUGCUCCCUAAUGUAAAUCUUUGCUUGUAGGUACCUCGAUUCUCUUUAUUGGGUUUGAAACAAGUGAUAUACCAUCAGAACCUUGCACAACGAGAUGUCUUUAACUACUUUAUUCU